GUGCCCAGCGACGUAAAGGGGGUAGCAGGGAGUGGGGUGCCCUCCUGGUUUGCGCAUGCUUUGUGCGCUGGACACCUUUACACGUCCCACCGUGACUUCAGUCUACAGUUGUCAGGCUCAAGGCGACUAGUAGCUCGUGCUUCUUCUCCGCGAGGAAAAGUUAGGACCAUAAAAUCCUAUACAGGACAUAAAAAUGAUGAAGCCAAAAUUAAACAAACCGCAUAACCGCAUCGAAAAAUUUUUUAAAUAUACAACAUUGUGACGCACAGCAUUUAAUUAAUUAAACCUUUGAAUUAAAUUAAUAAGAACCUACUUCAUAAUAUUUUGAAUUAAAUAUUUAAAUUAGAUAACUAUUACUUUUUGAAACGUAAUUAUUGUCGGUAUUAUAUUAAGUCUAGAUAUUUGUCUAUUAUCUAUCUACUUACUAAAAGUACCGAAUAGCUAUUUUUAUAUGGAGCGAUACUGUGUUUCGACAGUCUCCUAAACAGGAGAAAAGGGUUAAGGAUUGUUGUUACGUAAAUAGUGUUGUAAAAGCCAAGCUUACUGUUAUAUUACUAAAGUUUUAAAGAGCGGUUUUAAAGAUACCAAUUAAUGAACCGUUAAUAUUUACACAUGCAAUGGAGAAACAAUGCAUUUUAAUUUAGGACAGUAAAUUAUUGAGUUAAAAAUAUGGAGCCUUAUUCUGACGACUUGUUUUGGCUGGUGGUAUGUGGUUUUUUGGUGGCUUUUGUGUUGGCCUUUGGAAUUGGCGCCAACGAUGUGGCCAACUCCUUCGGCACCAGCGUUGGAUCCAAGGUGCUCACUCUCACACAGGCGUGCAUAUUGGCUACCAUCUUUGAAAUUGCUGGUGCUGUUUUGAUUGGUUACAAAGUAUCGGACACGAUGCGCAAGGGUAUUUUGGAUGUUUCUCUGUACGCGGACGGUGGGGAGCAUCUACUAGCAGCGGGCUGCUUGUCGGCUCUCAUAGCGGGCGCGACGUGGCUGAUCCUGGCAACAGCACUGCGACUGCCAGUGUCAGGGACCCAUUCUGUAGUGGGAGCUACAGUGGGCUUUACGCUCACUGCAAAGGGCCCGGUGGGCGUGCGAUGGUCUACUCUUGGAGCUAUUGUCGCAUCAUGGUUCAUCUCGCCGGCGCUCAGUGGCACGGUGUCGGCGUUGCUGUACUGGUUGGUGCGUCGUUUCAUCCUUCGCGCACCGCAACCGCUCACUGUGGGGCUACGGGCGCUGCCGUUCUUUUACGGCGCUACCUUCGCUAUAAAUGUGCUCAGUGUGGUGCACGAUGGGCCUAAGUUAUUGGCGAUGGAUAACAUACCUCUAUGGGCCGCUGUUGGUGCAUCAGUGGCAUUAGGCGCAAUAUUAGCAGGCUGUGUACGCGCAUUCUUAGUUCCCUAUUAUCGCAAAAAACUCUCACCGCCACCAGUAAACUUCACACUAGGGUUAUCAAACGAGACCACGCCUGCCAAUACGCCAACGCAUUCAAACAAAAAUCCACCCCAACGUCCAACGUCCCUCCUCUCUGAAGACGGGAAAGUACUUGAAGCAAUCGCCGAGACUGCUGAAAUGGUGACGCUAAGCGAUGCUGACAGGGUUUCGGUCGGAGUGAGAGAGAUGAACGCUAGGAAUCGAGUCCUGCUUGCCACAAUGGACGACUGCAGCAUACUCUCCAGAAGUCUGAGCCCCCCCAACAAGUCAAGACUUCAGCUGAUCGAUGCCGACCCCCAGAUCAACACUCUCAAGUACAUAGACGAAACCAUCAGUUUCUGUAAAAGUUUGGAUUCAUCACAACUAGCCGGCAUGGGAGAGAGCUACGAUUCGAGGAACGGUUUUAUCGGCGGCUCGUGUGAUACGAUAGCAAGGAGUGAAUUCGACAAACUGGCGGCUGCCAGAGCCAUCCCUGCCACAGUAGAGUUCGAGACACCUCCUCCGAGAACAGAUAAGGGUGCAGAAGGCAGCGCGUGGUCGAUAGAAUGCGACGUCCACUCCCGCCUGGCCGCCAUCACACCCAACUCGAGCGCGGCGCCGUUACUCCGCGCCGUGAGUCCACCGCCGCCCGCGCCCGUUCCGCCCCCGCCGGACACGCUGAAGCUGUUCUCCUUCUUGCAAGUGCUCACUGCCACGUUCGGAGCGUUCGCGCAUGGAGGGAACGAUGUCAGUAAUGCAAUAGGUCCUCUGGUGGCGUUGUGGCUGCUGUACUCGGAAGGCGGUGCGCACGCACGCGCGGAGACGCCACUCGCUAUCCUCGUGUUCGGCGGCGUGGGCAUCGCCAUGGGGCUGUGGCUGUGGGGCCGCCGCGUCAUACGUACCGUGGGCGAGGACCUCACCAGCAUCACGCCGGACACUGGGUUCACCAUUGAGCUGGGCGCGGCUUUGACGGUGCUGGUAGCCAGCAAAGCGGGAUUGCCGGUGUCCACCACGCACUGCAAGGUGGGAUCCGUCGUCUGUGUUGGAUACUUCUCGGAGAAAGCCGUCGAUUGGAGCCUCUUCAGGAACAUAAUAUUCGCGUGGGUUGUUACCGUUCCGGUUGUCGCCAGCAUUGCCGCACUAUCUAUGUUGGCGCUCGAAGCUUUUGUAGUUUAACUAGUAAAUUUUGAAAAACAUAUAUUUUACAGAAUUUACCACUAAACACAUUAUAACAAUUACUUUAUACAAACCGUCUGGAUUACACGACAUUUCAUUUUUAAGAAAGUAAAAUGUGUACUUACUCGUACUUUUCUUUUAUUUUUAUUUACUUUUAUGUAGGUAUUGGUUGUAAUUUAAUAAAGAAAUAUUUGCAACAUUUUUGGGAUGUAUGGGCAAAGAAAAUUUAUUAGCUAUCUGUAUGUUAGUAUAGUGGUGUCAUUUGACGUCGUAGCUACUUACAUACUAAGUAAUAGCUUUUAGAUAUAAUGGACUGUCCGCGUCAGAAGUUUGGCACUAUUAUUACAACUUCUCUAGGUACCUAUUUGAUCCCAGUAAUGUAAUAUUUGCAGCAAUAAUUAUCUGCCAUAUUUGCAGUUUGUAGUGCCAGUCAGUUAAAACCAAUCGCCAUUUUGAUGGCACCGGUGGUAUAUAUUGUUUGAAAGAAUACAUUAAUUAAAAUUGAUAGUAUUGGAAUAUUUCAGAACUUACCUACUUUUUUCUGCUGACAAAUGUAAUUUUCAGAAAAUUCCUAUUUUGCCACCAACUACCACGUUAAAGAAUAGGUAUGUACAUCAUACCUCCUUGAAUAUGGUAUGAAGUCAUUGUUCGUCCACGCACACAAAUAAUCGUUUCCUGGAUAUUUGAAGCGAAAAAGAGCAUUAUAGCAACAACAAGCUCGUGUUUGUGCGCGUAUUGCAUAUUUUUGUUAAUGUGCUGUAGGUACGUGUUUUCCUUGUCCCCCACUAAUAUAGCAGAAAAUAUUGUUCGGCGAAUGAACCAUUGGUAUUAAGCUCCAAGAAGCGAAACGAGCUAGUUUAGCACUCCCUCUGUCACACAGUUCGUCCAAAUGAUAAGAGUAGAAAACUGACUCACAUGUAUACAUUGUUAACUAAUAAAAUUGAUUAGAAUAUGGUGUAUCGAUAUUUUCCAAACGCAUACAAAAAUCAGUCUCGCUCGAAUGAAAUUCAGGCUGUCUCGAACUCUCGUCUCUUUAAAAACGGCCAGAUGCUAUUGGCAACCGUACGGUAGUCGAGUAGGAAUAACCGGUUUAAACUUUUGUUAUCUAAACCAAUAUAUCAGAUACAAAUACCAAUAUAUUUGUAUUGCAAUACAAACAGUGAUUUUUGUAAAUACAAUAUUUUAUAACUACUGAAAAUAUUGUUUAACUAGAGUCACGGGCAUUAAAUCUAUUCGUUUACCUACAGUGGUUCACUUCGCACUAAAAAUAUUUGUUUAGAUUAGGUACCUACAUUAUUUAUUUAUCGAUAUCAAAGUCGUGCGCAUCUGGAUCUGUAUUUACUUACUGCGGUGUGUGUGACUGGGUGCGGCCGUACAUAAUUAUACUUUUCGCAAUUCUACGAUUUAUUAUAAAGUGCGACCGGUAUCCGGUUUUGGCUAUUUUUGGAUAAUGUUAGAAAAUCAUGUCAUAGCUUCAGUCAGAUCUACGUGUAACAUGUAACUACCAUAAACAUGUUUGUUUUAAGCUAAGUUUACAAAAUGUCUCCGCGGUCACCAAAUAGAUAAGUCCGCAUAGGUAUGCUUUAACGUAAAUACUAAAUACCAAUAAAUAAGUGGGAUAUCUAUACUAAUAUUAUAAAGAGGAAAGAUUUGAUAUUUGUUUGUUUGUAUUGAAUAGGCUCGGAAACUACUGGACCGAUUAGAAAAAUGCUUUCACGUUCAGAAUCCUACAUUAUCCCUGAUGAACAUAGGCUAUAGAUAUUUUUUUAAAGUUAGGGUUCCGUAUGAAAGCUUCGAAAACGUAACGCAGGAUGUGAAAAAAAUAACAAAAAAUAACCUUACAUCGCUUACGCUGCGGAAGCAAUGACAGUAGAGCAAAGUGAGGUACUAAUGUUCUAUAGAGGUCAUCAAUAACUACAAAAAAAGUCCGCGAUACCAUAAUAUGUGUUAUGUCACAAGUAAAGGUCCCCUGCGGUUUCACCCGCAUUGAUUUGAGGAAAAAGGUUAGUGAGCCAAGUUUAAAAGAUGGGCAUAUGGUGUCGUGGACUUUUUAUAGAACUUUUAAAGGGCAAAAAUUCCGCCAUACAGGAUUUUUGUGUAACUUUAAUCAUUUACGCAGCGCACGCAAAGGAAGCUCACAAAUGGAAUAUUUUUACCCGUUUUUGCAACAUGUUACAUUGAUGAUCAGCUCCUACUGGUUGCAGCGUGAUGAUUUAUAUAUAUGUAGUUUUAACUCAAUAAAUGAACUCUCUAACACAAAAAGUUUUUCUCAAAUCGGACGAUUAGUUCCCGAGAUUUGCGCGUUCAACCAAAAAAUCGUGCAUUCGGUACAACGGGUCCUAAAGUACACAACAAAAUUUUCACAGUUAAAUAAAUUUUCAAGGAAGGUAUAAAGAAAUUCAUUGUGUAUAAUACAAAAUACAAGCCUGAGAACAAAAACUAUAGUUUACCUACACUACAGCAGUACACCGAAGCGAAGCGAGGGCGGGCCACUAGUAUGCUAUAAUUUUACUGUCACGUCUCACGUCACGUCAUCGUCGAUUGGCGCGCGGUCCACCCGUGAGGAAUAUCGUCCAAAAUCAACGACAUUAACUUUGUCCCGAACACAUAAAUAUUCUGUGGUCCAAAAUUUUAGUACGUACAAUACGUAAAAUUUAAGUACUCUUUAUAGGUAUUAUAACUAACUUACGCCAUGUUACGCAUAAUAAUUUAACGACCUGUAUGAAGUACCCUUACAAAUAAAAAAAAUAUUAGUCGUUCUUUUU